AUGCGUGCCUCGUUGAUCACCGCCAUUCUCGCCAGCACGACGGCUGCAGCUACUCCCUUGGGUGUCCAGGGAACUGGUAAGACCCUGAAACGCGACAGCGCCACCGGGUUCGAAUGGGACCCCGAGGACUUCAAGGUAGCUGCCGUCCGGUAUCCGCCCUACAACUGGGCCUACCCCGACACCGAAAACACCACCUGGGCCAACUACGACCUGAACAGGACGAUUACCAAGGCUGUGGAUCUCAUCAAGGAGGCCGCUGCUGAGGGCGUCAAGUUCGUUGCCUUCCCCGAGGUGUAUUUUCCUGGCUACGCCCAUGUGCUCAGCUCCUUCGGCCUGGGCAACAACCAGUUGCCGACAGACUACGCGCAGUACGCAUCACAGUCAAUGGAGUACGAUAGUCCCGAGUGGAAGACCCUCAUGCAAGCGUUCGCGGACACCAAGAUCUAUGGUGUGGUAGGCUGGUCAGAGCGCGCCAAUGACUCGCUGUACAUCGCGCAGACGCUCGUAGGCCCAUUGCAAAAUGGCACGGCAGGCGCAGUCCAUCGCCACCGCAAGCUGCGCCCAUCUGGCGCGGAGCGGAACUUGUGGUCAGACGGCGACGUCUCUUCCAUCCGCACGCAGAAACUCCCAUUCGGAUCCGUUUCCAUGCUCUCCUGCUUCGAGAAUGAAUACGCCGACACCCGCUUCAUCGCCUCCUCCCAACCCGCCAACCUCCACGUCGCCUCCUUCCCAUACGGCCGCGUCGUCAGCGACUGGAACUGGCGCCUCCCGCCCUACAGCACAUUCAAAACAGUCGCAGCAGCAUACGGGAUCGCAUCCGGCGGCGCCGCCGUGAUUCUCCCCGCCAUCGGCGCCUCAACAAUCUUCAACGAGCGCGCGAUCACAAUGAACGAAACGCUCACAAACAACCUCCCCUCCAUGCAAGCCAUGCCGUACAUCACGAGCUCGUACAACACGACGAACUGGACGACGCCCGAAUUCAGCCUGUCGUCGCAGUACAGCUGGGGCUCGGCGAUGUCGAUCCUGCGCGGGAUUGCGGCGGUGGUUCCGGCCGUGGAGGGCCCGUAUUUCGGACACGUGGUUUCGACCGUCGAGCAGCUUUCGAGUGGGUUUGUGCAGACGCCGUCGACGGAGUGUGUGGCUACUGAGGAGUAUGAUUGUGUUGAGGUUUGGCCGCGGGAGGGGGGCUUUAUGGCUUAG